AAUCUACGCAUGCGCACAAUAGCACCCACAUGGUGCAUGUGAAGAGAAGAUAAUUAUGAGUACUAUGAGUGGUGAUGGUGUAUGGCACCCUCCUACACUCACAGAGGCGGAGAAGACGGCUUUACAGGUCAAGCAGAAGCAGAGGGAGCAGCUCUCCAGUGCUAUGGGGCAGUAUCUGCUGAAAGGCUACAGAAUGCUGGGAUCUAACUGUGCUAUUUGUGGGAAUAUUCUGUUAAGAGCCCCUAGAAGUGAGUGUGAUUUCUGCAUAUCUUGUGAAGAGCUCAAACAUGAACAAUCAGAUUCCAGUGGUCAGCAAUUCCCCCCACAAGAGGAUGUGGAAGUGCCUAAGACAACAGAAAGUACUAGUACAAACCAAGCAACACCUGCCACUCAACAGCAGCAGACUUUAUCAAGGACAGAAGACGUUUUAAUGCACAAGAUUCAAUGGGCCACAGAUGAGCUGUCUCAAACUGCCUCUGUGGAUUAUAGUACACAGUUGUGUGUUCUCAUACAAGAAGCCAUGAAAACUUUAGGGACACUUAGAAAUGAAUGACUGUGAAAGUACUGUUUGUAAACAAUCUUAUUUCAAUAUACAUUGUCAUAUACACAUGAGUACAAAACAAUAAACAAGGAAAUCAAAUAUUGAUAUAUUGAA